UUGGAGCUGCUGUCGAACACAUAACCCUCUCCACUCUUGCAAGAUGCCAGGUCUGCUGCUCGGAGAAGUGUUUCCUGAUUUCGAGGCAGAAACCACAAUUGGGAGGAUUAAAUUCCACAAAUUUCUCGGUGAUUCAUGGGGAAUCCUGUUCUCCCAUCCCAAAGACUACACCCCAGUGUGCACCACAGAGCUGGGCCGAGCAGCCAGGCUGAGCGAUGAGUUCAGCAAACGCAACGUGAAACUGAUGGCCAUAUCCCUGGACAGCUUGGAGGAUCACUACGGCUGGAGCAAGGACAUCCUUGCUUAUAACUGCAAUGACUCUGGGAACUGCACGCUGCCUUUCCCAAUCAUAGCAGACAGGAAGCGGGAGCUGGCCGUCACAUUGGGCAUGCUGGACCCCGAUGAGAAGGACAAAGACGGCCUGCCUCUCACCGCCCGCUGUGUGUUCAUUAUAGGCCCCGACAAAAAGCUGAAACUGUCUAUACUGUACCCGGCCACCACAGGACGCAACUUUGACGAGAUCCUGCGAGUGAUCGACUCCCUUCAGCUCACAGCUGGGAUACGAGUGGCCACACCCGCCGACUGGAAGCCUGGAGUGUGUGUGAUGGUGCCUCCCAGCAUCCCCGAGGAAGAGGCUGCAUCCAUGUUCCCAGCUGGGGUCUACUCCAAAGAGCUGCCCUCCGGCAAGAAGUACCUGCGCUACACCCCCCACCCAGGAAUCCAGUCAGAGCAGAAAGAUACUAAACAAUCACAGGAUCAACCAGAAUCAAACCCUCCUCCGCCCUAAAGCUCCUGCAGGGUUAUUUAUGUUCCCCAAGAGAGAUCUUUUCCUUAUAGUUGUAAAAUAAUUUAAUAACUAUACUCACUGGGGUUAAAGCGUCAUUAUUUACUACCUUUUUCUUAUUCAAAUUGUACAUGAAAGGGUUAAUGGUGCUAAUCAUGUAGUGAGAGCAAAUAAACUGUUUAGAUGUGUCUGUAAUCAUUCUAUUGGGCUGAGUUACCUUCUGUUAAAUAGGUUUAAAAUUUUAUCUAAAUUUAGCACAAACAGUAGGGAAAUUAUAGUGUUUUGUGGAUUAUUUCUUCGUAACUGAAGGGAGAUUUGUGAUUAACUGAAUGUUAGAUCCAGUAUGGCAGGGCUAUUCAACCAAAUUGCGCCGGGGGCCACAGUU